AUGGCCGGCAAACUGUCCUACGCCCUCGUUUCAUUGCUACCCGUUGCCUCAGCUUCAACCGGCUUGUCGUGUCGCUGCUUUCCCGGAGAUGCGUGCUGGCCUUCUACGCAGGACUGGGACGUUUUCAACGCUACGCUGGGGGGGAGGCUCAUUGCCACAGUCCCUGCUGCGAGUGUCUGCCACUACAACAGUACAUACUUGCCAUACGAUGCAGCGGCUUGUGAGGAGCUGCUGGCAGUCUGGAACGAAACCAAAACCCACUAUGAGACCAGUUACUCCCCAAUGGCGCCGUGGUUUGCCAAUUUCUCUUGCGAUCCAUACCUGCCCAACACACCCUGCACCAUCAGGCCCCUGGUCCGGUAUGCCGUGAAUGCCAGCAGCGCGCAGGAUUAUCAGACAACCAUCGAGUUUGCUACCAAGCAUAAUAUCCGUCUUGUUGUCCGCAAUACUGGCCACGAUUAUCUUGGCAGGUCCACUGGGGCUGGUGCCCUGGCCCUUUGGACUCAUCAUCUGAAAGAUAUUGAAAUUGUCGAAUACCAGUCAACAGGCUACUCCGGGCCCGCCAUCAAUGUCGGUGCAGGUGUGCAGAUUUUGGACGCCAUGAAUGCGGCCCAUGAGCAGGGAUACACCCUCGUGGGUGGCAACUGCCAGACAGUAGGCUAUGCUGGUGGAUAUUCUCAAGGCGGAGGCCACGGCCAGCUGAUGUCCAUGUAUGGCCUGGCUGCAGACCAGGUUUUGGAGUGGGAGGUAAUCACUGCCACCGGAGACCACUUGGUUGCUACCCCUUUCAAUAACUCUGAUUUAUACUGGGCGAUGAGCGGUGGCGGCGGGGGCACCUACGCCGUUGCCCUGUCCAUGACCAGCAAGCUUUAUACUGACAUUCCGGCCGCCACCGCCAACUUGACCUUCACCAAUGACAGAGUAACUGAGGAUAUGUUCUGGGAAGUUGCCGCAAGCUACAUCCAGGAUACGGCUAAGCUGGCCGAUUUAGGUGGUGCUGCGGUUUGGGAAGUCACUAACGCGGUCUUCAAGAGCAUGCCGUCCACGCUACCCGGCGGCACCAAGGAGCAGUUGCAGGCGCUGAUGCAGCCCACCCUGGACCUUCUGCGCAGCAACAACAUGACCUAUACGUACAACAUUGCCAGUUGUUCCAGCUUUUACGAAUGCUACACGCGAUUCAGCCCCUGGAUGGCCGUGACCGAGUCUCAAAUCGGCGGUCGUCUGAUCCCGCGGAGCACGGUAGAUGACAAUCUUCGCCCACUCGUUGAUUCCUUUCGUACCAUCACCGACUACGGGGCAGUCGUUGCAGGGGUCUCUUUCAACGCUUCACAUUCGACUAUACCCGACAACUCUGUCAACCCCGCAUGGCGCGAUGCGCUGAUUCGCAUUGUCCUCGGCACUUCCUUCGAUUAUUACAACUAUACCCAUGACGUCGAAAACCAGAAACUCAUGACGGAAACACUUCUCCCCCUGCUUGAGAACUUGACGCCUGGCAGCGGUGCUUACCUAAAUGAGGCUGACUUUAACCAGCCUAAUUGGCAGUCAACGUUCUACGGUGACAAUUAUGCUAAGUUAAGCUCUAUCAAGAACAAGUACGACCCCAACCACACCUUUUACGCUUUGAAGGCUGUGGGAAGUGAAGAGUGGGCGGAACAGACAGAUGGAAGGCUUUGUCGCGUGUGA